AAUGUAUCGCGAUAUACGCGUAUUUGGUAUAACAAUAUAUAUUAACCCUCUGCUAUAAACAUAGCCCAGGAAGUUUUACAAUUUUUUAUGUAUACUUAUAAGCCGCUUAACCACGAUCAAAUGCCAUAUUUCGUACAAAAGGCUCUAGUAACCGCUAUUACAACAGAAAUAUUGAUGUGCCUAUGUAGUUCGAAGGAUGUCGACACCGAAUAAGCUUUCAACUCUCCUUGAUGGAGAUAAUUUAACACCUGAAGAGGAUACGCUGGCCAAUAGUUCAAAUGCCUUAGAAAGCGAAGUGGUAGCGGUAUUAGCUAAGCUGGAUCGUGUUGAUCUAGCUCAGGUGGUUAUGGCGCUGGGCGCACAUGUCAAUGUCGAACAAGUUAUCAAGGAUACAGUGCCUCAUGUUCUCGAGAAACAGCACGUCGCUAGCGAAUCUGAGCAAGAAGCCCUUACGGGCAUCAACCUUCUAGGACCGGAAACCUCAGCUGCUACCAACGACGAAGCUGACAUGUCGGUAGACGGUGAAUCGCAAUCAACAUCAGAUUAUUUCCUACACAUCGCUAAAUACGCUCCUCUGAGACUUACUCUCGGUGAGCGUAAGUUGAUGAGACUGCUUGACAGCACGUUACACGUUAGCGAGUAUACUGAUAAAAUUGACAUUCUGCACGAGGGCAACAAGGCUCGCAAGAUUGUACGCGAGAUAAAAGAGGUGUGCGCUAUCCUUAGUGGUUUAGCGGUGGCACAUAACUACGAUGAUGGGCAGCGAUUGGUUAAAGACAGGGAAUACGAUGCCAACGCUGAGUUCUUCAGGAGCGUGUUCGAGAUCGGAAGGCGGUAUAAAAUAUUAAACCCUGAUAAAAUUAGGAACUCCUACGGAAAGCUGAUAUACUUUUUAAUGGACUCCAGGAAGCCGGAAAUACAGGAACUAUUGAACUUUGACUGUGUUGCUCCCGUAAAGACUGUUUUUACACUAUUGUCAAGUAAGAGGCGGGGUUUGGAGUUGCUCCAAGACCCGAAGCUUAAGUACGCUACUAUGGAGAUCACACCUGAAGGUAAAUCUCGGUAUGAGGUACAGCGUGAAAUAUCGACUAAAGAGGAAGCUGUGAAAUACUUGACCAACAAGUAUGCGCGUAAGAAAGGCAUUAUGGGCAUAGAAUUUUCGUUCUUGACAAGGCCAUUCUCUAGUACACAGGAGGUGUCAGAUGAUGUCGAGAUGACCCCUGACGAGGUGCAAACGUGUAUAUACUCACUGUCAGACCAUAACUCCCACUUGAGGGCGUUCCGCCGCCCCUGUGACAUCAUGAUCGCAUACCUGAAGGACAAUUACAAUCCUCAGGAUUCAAACCCUAAGUACAACCUCUCUAUUAAUGCAGGCUGCGAGGGCUCGAGGUUAAGCCAUGGCCACGCUCGUCAGUUUACUUACGUCCUUCAAUCUCUUACUCUAUGGAGGGAAAUAGCUCAUGAUAUGUUUGCCUUGUGGCAUUAUGCUGAGGCAGAUUUGUUGGACCCGGAUAACCCAUACAGGCUGAGGAACACCGGUCAGGGGUUGAAUCGGGUGCAAGAUGGCCACCACGUUGUCAGUGGAAUGCGUAAGAUACUCUACAGAGUGCAGCAGAAAGUGGGUACCUGGGUGGGAUCGAAUAUGGUACACCUAGGUGACCACAAUGUCCCAAACUCGUUCAUGUUCAUCGACAAAUACACCCAAAUACCGCGCAUUCUAUCGCCCAUUGUUUCGUGUAUCGAGAAAAUACCAGAAUUGUACAAAUCAACAGAUGCGAUGAAGACUUAUAUUGAUACACAGUUCGGAGGGCCCAAGCACCUCAAAAUGCUGAUACUUACAGACUUCUUCAGACAUGCCUUCGAUGGAAGUGGAGCUGACAACUUCAACGAUGCUGGUAGUUGCAUUGACGGGCGACUCACAUCAGCAUGGAAUUGGUGUUCCAAGAUCGAGAAGAAGGCAUACUUCCCCGUCUUCCUACUCACAUCGUUCUGCGGUUUUGACGGCAGAUUCGGUGAAAGCUAACAGACAGUACUAAAUAAGUUUGUAAAACUCGCGUAACUGAUCCUUUAUCCAAGGAAGGCG